ACACACACACUCGCAUAUUAAAACUUGAGAGACAGAGCAACUGUUCCAGCAAUCAUGGAUUGUCUUUGGAAAAGAAAAAGGAGAAAGAAAAAAGAACCUAGAAAGGAAAUACUACUGAAAAGUUGGAACACGGAAACAACAAUGUAAAGACAGCGAUGAAGUAUGAGUCAAUAUCUGUCUCAUGAAUUUUUUGACCGUUCAGCCCACUCAACUUGGCCAACAUACAUGAAGUAGGGAGAGAGCAUUUGCCUCCAUAGGCUUUUGGCUCUGGAUGCAUACAAAGUUCCUUUUAUUAGUGGAAGACUACAUUUCAAAGUACAUUCAUAUCUUUCCCCUUAUCAUCCUCCCACCAACAUUAAUUGUAACGCGAAUUUAUACAUACCAUAGAACUUUAUAACUUGUGUGGCCAACAUUCAGUAUCAACUUAUCUAAAUCAACAAAAACCCAAGGAACAGAUGAUUAUAUAUAUAUGUAUACAUAUAAAGAAACAACAAGGAGGAGGAGAAGAGCGAGUUUUGAGUCCCAAAUAUGAUAUGGUGCAAUGCAGGAUAUUCUUUCUUAUGUUUUUAUUUUCUGUUUGGUAAAGCUAUGGGAUCAACCACCAUAAUACCCCUAUAAUCUUUUAAGCUUUCUUCCCCACUGCAAAAGCUUAGAAGAUUUGGAUUCCCCAGUUAGUACAUGUCCAAAAACUUUUUGACUGCCACGGCACACCUCAGGACUUGAUAAACUUUUACUCUUUACUUUCUGAAUUCCCCUGUAACAUAUUUCAGCAGACAAAACCAGCAAUGCAGGACAUUCUUAGUUAUGCUUUUAUUUUCUUUUUGGGAAAGCAAUGGGAUCAUCAGCCACAACACCCCUAUAAUCUUUAAACCUUUCUUUCCUACUGCAAAAGCUUAGAAGAUUUGGAUUCCCCAGUUAGUACAUGUCCAAAAACUUUUUUGACUGGCAAACCUCAGGACUUUAAAAACUUUUACUAUUUACUUUCUCCCGUAACAUAUUUCAGGAGACAAAGCCAUUCUAGUUUAGCCUUCCACUGCAUUCCAGUUAUGAAGUACCAGUUAUAUGAGAAAUCGCCAAUCCACUAAGUUAGUUUCCUCAGACAAAACUACUGUAAUAGUUCUUACUUGAGUUUUGUCCUUUUAAUUCCAUUGCAACUUACGCAUAUCUAUAUAUUAUUUGACAAGACAGCGUACUGGACAAUUCAACUUUGAUCAAGCCUUUACAAGUAAUUAAACUAAAAUGCCAGAGAAUUUUGUGGAGAAACAAGCAACUGCCUGUAUGAAUUUUUUUUUUUUUUCCCCACAUUAGAUCAGAUUAAAAGAAUCCCUCCAACUAGAAUCCUUCCAUCAAAGUGCCAUUAUAACUAUGGUCCGUGAUUUGAGAUAAUCAAAUAUAACUUUGAAAUAAAAGAAACAAAUUGUGUUAUUUUUUCCAAAAUGGAUCACAUGAAAGUGGUUGUUGAGUCAUUAAUUUUUUAUUUGUUCCACUUAUAGAAAGGACUUGUCCCACUUAUAGAAAGGACUUUCCUUCCCUUACCUCUUUCCUCCCAUGGCCUCGUUCUCCUAUAUCUUUACGUCACUGCACCUUGUUGGGCAAGAACCACUGCAGAGUAAUAAAGAUGUCAAGUUAGCUUGCUUUGCAACAACUAGCAAUUUUAAAUUGACUUCUUCAUCCGUAUUAUUCAAUUGCUUUUUUCUCUUCCAAAAACUUUCUAGCUUUUGAAUAAUGAUACUCUCCAUGAUAUUCUGUGUGCACGCAUGUGUAUGUGAUGUGAGCAUUGUUUGAUGUCACCAAUUAUCCACAACACUUAAAUUUCCAAUAUCUUUUGGACCUGCAUACAUCAGAUCAGAUACAAUUCGUAAGUCCCAAAUGACCAUAUUGGACAGAAGUAAAGGUUAGAUGUAUACAUAUAUCCGUAAGUUUUGGUAUCAAUGCAGAAAUGUAAUACAACACAACUUAUGCACGCAUUCAGCAUCAUAUUCGAGUAGUCUUGUCUUUAAGAAACUUCACUGUUUAAGAAAUGGGACCGCAACAUUUUUACCAUCCUAUAAAACCCCUCUCCUGGAUGUUUGCCUUCGCCUUCCAACACCAAUAUUAUAUGAUCAGGUCCAGAACCUUGUUACAUACAUAAAUCAAUUAACUAGCAGAAACCAUGCAGUCAGGUGAUGCAACAGAGUUGUAUUAUCUGCUUACUUCAAAUCCAACUCAAUACCCUUCUCAUUUUGGCUUGAACAACAAUAACAUGCCUUCUUUCAACCUUAGCAGAAUUUCAAACCCUUUGUGCCACCUUCAGAUCAAUCCCCAGAUUCAAGACUUCAACCCGCAGAUGGCAUCUUUCAGCUGCAAUUCAACUUCAGAUGAAGCAGAUGAUCAACAACUAAGUAUAAUAAAUGAAAGAAAGCAGAGAAGGAUGAUUUCCAAUAGAGAAUCUGCACGAAGAUCACGUAUGCGCAAGCAAAAGCAUCUUGAUGAGCUAUGGUCCCAGGUUGUUUGGCUCCGUAAUGAGAAUCAUCAGCUGAUAGAUAAACUGAACCAUGCUUCAGAAUGUCAUGAUCGUGUACUUCAAGAGAACACUCAACUCAAAGAAGAAGCUUCAGAACUUCGUCAAAUGCUCACUGAGAUGCAGCUAAACAGCCCUUAUUAUAACUUAAGAGAUCUAGAAGAUGAUCCCUGCAAGGGCUUGUCCCAAGACUGAUUAUAUAGACCCUUCCUCUUCAGGUAUCACUAUUUCUUGUAUGAAGAUGGCGGUCAAGAUUUUGAUUUUUGCUUUGUCUCUUCCGUUCUUCGGUGCAGUCUAUUCAAUAAAAAUCCAACUUCACUUUGAACUGUACGAUGUCUGAAAGUCGUUUUCUGGCAACAGUUUUGAUAUGAAGAUCAUGUUGCCUUAGCUUAUAAUGCCGUAACUUGAUUUAAUAGCUGCUAAUAAACCAUUAUAACUUCAAUUUU